CAGCCCUGGAUUCAAUAAUUUUAAUCAAUGGACAGAGCCUCCUCAACGGCCAGCAGAGGUACAGACACCCCAUAAACAGCCCUUACCCUCUGGCAGUAGCCCCCCCUGGUGGUUGGAGGGGGAUGGAGCGUGGUGGCGGGGAGAGCCCCCGCAUGCAGGACAGUCCUGAGCGGGAACGGCGGGGGAGCAGCCCGGACUUCAGUGGACCCCCGCCAGGGAAGAUGGGGCGUUUGGAGCUCAAUGGGAGCCCCACUGGGCCACGCCUCCUACGCCACAACGGCCACCCACACAGACCUCUGGGAGGUCUGAUGAUCCCAGUGUUCUGUGUGGUAGAGCAGGCAGGGCCUGACGGAGGGAUGCAGCGUGAACGAGAGCGUGAGGAGGUGGAGAGGAAGGAGGGACACAGAGAGGAGCAUGCUGAGUUUGUCCUGGUCAGGAAAGAUAUCCUCUUCAACCAGCUGGUGGAGACAGCCCUGCUGGCCCUGGGGUACUCCCACAGCUCAGCAGCUCAGGCCCAUGGCAUCAUCAAGGUGGGUCAUUGGAACCCUCUGCCCAUCCACUUCCUAUCAGAUGCUCCUGAAGCCACGGUGGCUGAUAUGUUGCUGGAUGUCUAUCACAUGGUCACCCUCCGCAUUCAGCUACAGAGCUUUGCCAAGCUGGAGGACCUUCCGUCAGAGCAGUGGAACCACGCCACGGUGAGGAACGCCCUCAAGGAGCUUCUCAAGGAGAUGAACCAAAGCACACUGGCCAAGGAGUGCCCCCUCUCACAGAGUAUGAUUUCCUCAAUAGUAAACAGCUCCUACUAUGCCAAUGUCUCCACUGCCAAAUGUCAGGAAUUUGGACGCUGGUACAAGAAGUACAAGAAAAUCAAAGGAGAUUAUCUGGAGAAGAUGUGGCCAGGAAGAGAUCAUUCAGAAAUCAAAGUGGAGAGAGACAGCCUGGCAGACUUCUGUGUCAUGGGCCAUCGUCCCCCUCCCCACCUGGCCAGCCUGGCCCAGCUCAGCCACCUUGGAGGGGGUGGAGGUACCCUCCUCAAGGGUGGAUCUGGAGACCCCACAACCCUCCCAACCCCCCAACAACAACCCCAAACAACACCCCCCUCGCCCCACGGCCAGCUCCACCAGCCCCCUCUGCGUGGCCAGAUCCCCCCUCCCGGCCCUCCAGCCUCGCUUCAGCCUCUCCUUGGCCCAGGCGGGCUUCUCUCCCCCCAGCUUAGCCCUCAGCUUGUUCGACAGCAGCUAGCCAUGGCUCACCUCAUCAACCAGCAGCUCGCUGUUAACCGCCUGCUAGCCCACCAGCACCCACAGGCCCUCAACCAGCAGUUCCUCAACCACCCUCCCAUCCCUCGGCCCUCCAAGGCAGGGGGCCCUGGGGACCCCGGGAACAACCCGUCUGCUGCGGAAGUCUCCACUGAUAUCUACCAGCACGUCAGGGACGAACUGAAGAGAGCUAGCGUCUCACAGGCUGUGUUCGCUCGCGUGGCCUUCAACAGAACACAGGGCCUGCUGUCGGAGAUCCUGCGGAAGGAGGAGGACCCUCGCUCUGCCUCUCAGUCCCUGCUGGUCAACCUCAAAGCCAUGCAGAACUUCCUCAACCUCCCUGAGGGGGAGAGAGACCGUAUUUACCAGGAGGAGCGUGAGCGCAGCAUGAACCCCCCUGUCGGCCUGCCCCCUACCCCUAGCUCCAGCCCCGGGGGCCCCCGCCUCUCACAGAAGGUGUGGGAGAGAGGUCUGGACGAACAGCUGACUCCUGAUGCCUGGGCUUCUAUCUGGAAGAAUAAGACUAAAAUCUCCAACUCGCCCAAGCCGCCAUGCCUCAACCCAGACCUGCCCCUGAAGCUGGAGUCUCUGGUCAACAUCACGUCAGGUAUCUAUGAUGAGAUCCAGCAGGAGAUGAAGAGGGCGAAGGUGUCUCAGGCGCUGUUCGCCAAGGUGGCUGCCAACAAGAGCCAGGGCUGGCUGUGUGAGUUGCUGCGGUGGAAGGAGAACCCUAGCCCAGAGAACCGUACUCUGUGGGAGAAUCUGUGUACCAUCCGGAGGUUCCUGACCCUGCUCCAGACAGACAGAGACCUGGUGUAUGAAGAGGAGUCCAGGCACCACCACAGUGAGAGGCUGCAUACUGUACUACACCUGCCCCAAGAACCACAGGCACUGCACAGACAACCCCCACAACCCCUGAAGGACCACUCCCCGAUGCGCGAGGACCCCAUGCCCCUCCAGGGUAACGAUGAAGAGUCCCCGAAUGUUGAAAGAGUCAGUUCAGGAGUCGGUGGUGGCGUGGUCAUUAAGAAGCCUCGGUCGCGCACUAAGAUCUCUCUAGAAGCCCUAGGCAUCCUGCAGAGCUUCAUCCAGGACGUGGGUCUUUACCCGGACCAAGAGGCCAUCCACACUCUGUCAGCCCAGCUGGACCUGCCCAAGCACACCAUCAUCAAGUUUUUCCAGAACCAGCGCUACCACGUCAAGCAUCACGGCCGGCUGAAGGAGCUGGGGGAGGGGGGCGGUGGUGUGGAUGUCAGCGAAUACAGAGACGAGGAGCUCCUCUCCAGCUCAGAGGACCCUGAGUCCAGCGAAGACGGUCAUGAGGAGAUGUACCCCACUACAGAGAGGGAAAGAAGGGGAAGCAACCCAGCAGGUUCAGCCCCUGCCCUGGCACCAGCCCAGCCUUCAGGGACCAGCAUGGGGGCCAUGGAGGAGGGCAAGGACAAGGGGAAUUCUCAUGGUCUGAGUGGGGGCCGAGCCAGCUCCCUGCCCCCUGGUAGCUCCUCAUCCAGCCCCAGAGAGCAGGCUGACUUCCAGAGAUAGAGACCCAGAGACCAGAGGAGAUGCAGAAAGAGAGCGAGACCCAGACAGACAGACAGACAGACAGGCAGACAGACAGACAGACAGACAGACAGACACAGACAGACAGACAGACAGACAGACAGACAGACAGACAGACAGACAGACAGACAGACAGACAGACAGACAGACGGGAAGAGAACAGGAACUAAAGACUGGUAGAGGGGAAGAAGGGCAUCGAUGAGACAAUGACACACUGAUACAUGCACAAACACACACACACACACACACACACACACACACACACACACACACACACACAUACACAUAUAUAUAUAUAUACACAGAAAUACAGACAUAUGGGGUCCAACGGAGACUUCAUCAAAGAGUGAUUUAAGUGAAAAUACAAUAUGUUACCUCAGCAACAUGAAGCAGGGAAAUGCCAUGAAACAGCUGUCAUGUGUUACAGUUAGAAUAGCCUGUUCAGUAAUGUUGAGCCACUAGUCAGAGAGAAAAACAAACAUACACACACAUCCCACCCCUGGCCACAACAGGAACUUGCCACAUCAACACCACUUUUGAAUUGAGCCAAUUCCAAAACUCAGCUUCACCCAAGAGGGUGGGCUCUCAUCUGCUCUGUCCAAUGACUGCUCUCUCUAAUGUCUCAACCACACCCACAUAGAGAACACUUGUCCUUACUUCGAUGUUGGGUCUUGGGUCAGGCCCCUAACUGACACUCAUAGACUGAAUACUGGGGGCCUGCUCAGACCUCUACUAUCCCAUAGUCCCUUGGUUCCAUAUGCAGACUCCAGAUGUACAGCUCAUCACUAGCUGGCUAAGGAGUUUUUAGGGCGGCUGUGGCUUUCCAUCACCUCCUCCCCCUCUCCACCCCUCCAUGACAGGACUCCUCUAGUCUUUGGUCUUUGACAGUGGUGGCAGGUUGUGUGGGUGGGUGGCUGCAUCGCAGGUGGGUUUUGGGUGGAGGUAAGAACAGUGGUAUGGGAGAAUUCACCAAUGAUAAACAAAUAUGGUUUGUCAAAGUCCACAAUUGAGCUUUAUGGUCUUUUUAAAGUUGGAAUCGCCACUCCCAACCAACCCACUCCUGUCGCCAUCCCUCAAUGGAGCAACCACACCCUACCUAACUCCCUACCCCCUACAUCCAAUAUGGAUUAUUCUCAUCUCUCCAGCACUUAUCCCACACUAACAAUGUUUGUAUGUCCACCACAGUCUCUCCCUAUCUCCUCCAGUCAUGCCUCAGCCCAGUCUCCCCCUCUUUACUCCUUUGUGGUGGUUUACAAGGAGGUAAACCUAUCGUGGUUUAUGCGGACAUAAGAGAGACAGAGGACAGCCUUGUGAGGACAUGAAGACCCAGCGGUGUGAAAGGACACUCAAGGCUACAGUUACUCUGGACUGUACCCCUGCCUACCCCCCCUCGACCUAUGUGGAGAGAAACAGGGAGGGACACAACAGAACGGAGAUUCAGCAACCAAACAAUCAGUCACUUUAUGUGCGGUAGCCCACCACUUCACUCUUCCUCUCUCGUUCCCCGUCCCUCGUCCCUUCCCUCUUUCUCUCUCUCUAUAAUUGGUGCCUACAGUGUGCCGUUCCGCCACACCUACCCGCACUUAACUCCUCCACCCUAUUUAUUGCUAUCUUUAUCCAUGAUUAUUAUUAUCAUUAUUGUUAUUAUUGUUGUUAUUACGGUUGUUAUUGCUGUCAUCGCUGUUUAUUUUUGGUUCUAUUUUCAUGGCUUUAAUAUUGGCUUUCCGAGCACUGUGGUUGUUUUGGUAACGAGAGACGUUUUUGAGACAUGAGAAACACACACUGCCAAAAGAAGAAAAUGUCCUGUUAUGUAAAAACUUAGAUGAAUUUUUCCAAAGAAAGAAAGACUUGGGCAGAAACGGGAGUCAAAUCCAAAAAUGAAACGAAACAACGAAUAAACUGUGCUUUUGCUGCAGAUGGUGACAAUCUAACUUCUUUGAGCAAUUGGAAAACAUGGCAGGCUUGUUUGUUAAACCCAUAUCUGAAUGUGGGUACUUGUGUCAAAGUAUGCAUCCCAAAAGGCACCCUAUUCCCAAUGUACAUGAAGUGCACUACUUUUGACCAGACCCUGGAAAAACGUAGUGCACUAUAUGGAGAAUAGGGUGCCAUGUGGGACACAGUCAAAGUUACAGAGGAACCAUGAGGUAUCUGGCUGUCUAGGCAGCUGCUACUGAGAUGACAUGCCUUGUACUCUUAUCAAUCAUCAAUACAUUGUGUUUUAUCUCUA